AGAGAGCCCGUAGCUGGCAGUUGAGUACCGACUAUCGUGGAGGUUGGAAGGCAGGCCAGGAGUGCCCUCUGUUUCUCUGUCUGUCCGUCUGUCUGUCUUGUUCUUUUGACAAGCAAAAUUGCUUCCCCCCACUUACUUCAAUACACACUACCCGUUGGGUGAUAUUACUUUGUAAGUGCCGAGCGCUCCAGCUUAGCACUUGGUGCCUCUGUCGUUGAUAUAUUAGCUGCUGCAACUUGUUGAAAAAGUCAGCAGUGGAAGUGUUCUCCUAAAAGUGUUGUGGUGAAUUAUUAUGGACUAAAGAUUCAGCGAGUUCACUUAGGCAAACAAUGAUACAAAGGGUUCGGGUAGCGCCAUGGGUGGCGGUGCUGUUAGCAGCCGCCCUCAGCAUGGAAGUCUUCGACCCCAGCGCCGUCAUGUCGUACCUGGAAGACACGGAACUAUCGGAUGCCUUCCAUAGGGUGGAGAGGUCCGUCCAGCAGAUUCCUCUGGGAACCUCAGGAUUUCCCCUUCCGGUCGAUAUCGAUCCUAUACCGUCAGGCCCAAGAGUGACGAUGCCACACAUCAGUUUCCGAGACAUGGGAAACAUCGUUCAUCAGGCAACACUGGCAGUCAACGAGAGAUUUGAUUCCAUCGAGCCAGCCAUUUACAAUAGUGGUGCCCGUCAGGUGCCAGGAACCCCAGCGUGGUUCAUGGCAGCCUCCCACAAGACGAAAGUGGUGGCCAAAAACAUCUCUCGCAUUGCGCUCAUCUCCGAGGAGGCUACCAAAUAUAUGGCCCAACAAUUCCGUCUGGACAAAGACCAAGUGACCUACGGCCUCCCAACUGCCGAUGUCCGAGGAACAAUCCUAGGCGACCAGUGCCCCGUCGAAGUGGACUUCCCUUGCCAACCUCGCAAGUACCGUGCCUUCAACGGCUACUGUAACAACGUCCAAAACCCCAAGUGGGGUAACGCAGUAACCAGAUACCUCAGGUUCUUGCCAGCCGACUACGGCGACGGCGUGUCUGUCCCUAGACAAUCUGAGGAUGGAGAGUUCCUUCCCUCCGCCCGGAGCGUUAGCCUGGCCAUCCACGGAGACCACGACACCCCCCACAAGUACAUGACCUCCAUCGCUGCCGUCUUCGGCCAGUUCAUCGCCCAUGACCUGAGUCACACCCCCCAGAUGGCAGGAUACAUCGGUCAGCGCCUUCGAUGCUGCGGCGUCGAUUUCAGCGACUUCCAUCCCGAGUGUUACCCCAUCAGGGUGCCUGACGACGACCCCGUCUACGGGAGAUUACAGCAGAAGUGCCAGGAAUACGUUAGGUCAGGCACCGCUCCAAGAACUGGAUGUACUCUGGGUCCCCGAGAACAGAUUAACCAGGUCACGUCCUUCAUCGAUGCCUCCGUUCUCUACGGCUCAAGCAAGGAGGAGUCCGACGACUUGAGGGCCUUUACUGGUGGUCUCCUGAAGGUGCAAAGAGGUCCUUCGGGCACUCAGAUUCUUGUGGACGACGACAACCAGAUUGACUGCAAAUCCACCGGAAGACAUAAGUGCUUCAAAUCAGGGGAUGUGAGAGUAAACGAGCACGUUGGCCUGGCUGCCAUCCAUCAGCUCUUCGUCAGGGAGCACAACCGCAUAGCUGCAGCCCUGAAGGACACCAACGCCCACUGGACAGACGAACAAGUUUUCCAGGAAACCAGGGCCGUUGUUGGCGCAGAAAUCCAGCACAUUACCUACAGUGAAUUCCUACCAUCAAUCCUUGGACAGGGCAUCGUCGAGAAAUACGGCCUGGCCCUGCAGCCCUCUGGAUUCUUCCCUGGUUACGACAUCAACAUCAACGCUGGAAUCGCCAACGCUGUCGCUGGAGCCGCUCUCAAGUUCGUCGCUUCCAUGAUGCCGAACAAUAUCGCUUAUUUCGAUAACGGACGCAAACUGGACGAUCGCCCCAUCACGGACACUUACUAUCGGCCGUUCGAUCUCUACGAGCGUGGGAAGUUUGAGAUCCUGGAAGGCUUGAUCACUGCUCAUGCGCAGAAUGAAGAUCCAGCCAUAUCGGACGCCAUGACUAACAAGAUGUUUGAAGAUUCCAGAACCGGAGUAGGUCUGGAUCUGGCAGCUCAGAUCAUCCAACACGGUCGAGACCACGGCAUCGCCGGAUACAACAAAUGGAGGCAGUUCUGCGGCCUUCCAAAGGCUACCAAGUUCGAGAACCUCGAUGACGUCAUGUCUGCCGAGAACAUCAAGGCACUGAAGUCUGUCUACAAGGACGUCGACGACAUUGACUUGUUCACCGGAGGUCUGGCCGAGAAGCCCAAUCGUGGCGCCCUUGUGGGUCCGACCUUCGGAUGCCUCAUAGGACGUCAGUUCCACUACCUGAGGAGAGGUGACCGCUACUGGUAUGAGAAUGACAUUCCACCCUCAUCCUUCACUAAAGAACAAUUAUACGAGAUCCGCAAGGCUAGCUUAGCCCGUAUCGUUUGCGACAACAGCGACGGAAUCCAGUACAUACAGCCAAAGGUUAUGCUGGAAGGAGAUUCUUUCCUCAACGCAAAGAUGGCCUGCCAGGGCCAGAACAUCAAGUCGAUCAACCUGCAGAAGUGGAAGACGGCCAGCCCCAACUUCAUCAUCCCGGACGAGAUGUUGCAGGAGAGCAUUGAGAGGGCCAAGAGGGACAUUGGCACUAUGAGAGAUUCGGAAUGGAACCUGUGGGAAAGCAAGAGCGACCGUUUGCCCCGUGACCUGAGGCUACACGAGAUGACAAGUCAUGCUCGGCCUAUGACACACGAGCACAUGCACGCUCUCAUUGACCGCCAAGACUUCGACCUUAGCCCCCGCGUUAUCCGCGAAGCAGAGGAGCUCUUGCAGGACUGCUUUACCGUGGGCGUGGAAGCGUGGAAAUACAUGCGCUCCCACGAGAAGACCAUUUUCCAACGUCGACUAGUAGCCGAUCCCAAGGGGCCAAUUGGAUCUGCAUAUGCUUUCAACAAGCCAAAGAGGCAGGCCAUAGAGAUCUCCAAUGCAUCUUUCAUCCUACAGUUCGCUUCUGCCCGUUUCGUCAACAACUUCUUUGCUGGGGAGCCCGGAGUGAGAAAGAGCCGUAAUGCCGACAGGCAACUGAAGGACAUCGAGUCGGGAUCCCCAAACAACGUGGUCGAUCUCAUGGACGUCCUGCCGAACAUCGACGUCAGCGACAUCAUGGAUAUCCCGAACGUGUUCGAGUGCGACGACCAGACGCUCCCCUGCGACCACACCUCGAGGUUCCGGACGGCGACGGGGUGGUGCAAUAAUCUGAACUUCCCGUCCUACGGGAAAUCCUUCAGGGCCAACACGCGACUCCUGAGGCCCGCUUAUGAAGACGGUCUUUCGAAGCCGCGAACGACUUCAAUCACCGGAAGGCCUCUUCCAUCGCCUCGUCUCAUCUCGACCAACAUUCACAACGACGUUUCUGCCCCUCAUGUCAGAUAUACACUCAUGGUCAUGCAGUGGGGCCAGUUCAUAGAUCACGACAUCAUUUUCACACCUAUCAAUAAAGGGUUCGAGGAUUCCAUUCUGGACUGCAAAGCCUGCGAUUCCCCUCAGACGGUGCAUCCGGAAUGCUUCCCCAUCGAGAUUCCCAAGAACGACCCAUUCUUCCCGCCCGUGAACAUAUCCUCCGGUCAGCCUAUCUGUAUCCCAUUGACCCGCUCCAUGCCAGGGCAACUGACUCUUGGAUACCGAGAGCAAAUGAACCAAGUCACUGCUUUCAUUGACGCUUCCCACACUUACGGGUCAGAUAAAUGUGAGCAGAGGACCCUGAGGUUAUUCAAGGACGGAAUCCUCAAGGCCACUCCAAACCCACUACGAGGGAAACCAUUAUUGCCUACGGAAGGCGAGAACCACGAAUGUCAGGCGCCUUCCGGAAGGUGCUUCAUAGGAGGAGAUACCAGAGCAUCUGAACAGCCUGGUCUGGCAGCCCUACACACACUGCUCAUGCGUGAACACAACCGCGUUGCCCUUUUACUUAAGGAAAUGAACAACCACUGGUCUGAUGAACAGUUGUUCCAGAACGCUCGUCGCAUUGUAACUGCCAUCAACCAGCACGUAACCUACAACGAGUGGCUGCCCAGAGUCCUUGGAUGGAAUGCCAUCAACCUCUAUGAACUCAACCUUUUACCUGAGGGGUACUACCAAGGAUAUGACCCAUACUGCAACCCAACUGUUUUGAACGAAGUAGGAAUUGCCUUCCGUUUCGGCCACUCACUUCUGAAGCCUUCCCUUGAGAGGAUGGACGGCAUAUUUGCCAAGAGAAACCCCCCCGUCAAACUCAGUGACCACUUCUUCAAUCCAGAUUUGCUCUACCAGCCUGGAAUGAUUGACGAGAUCAUGCGUGGUCUCACCACGGUCUCCAUGGAAACUCUCGAUCAGUUCCUGACAGACGAGGUCACCAACCAUCUCUUCGAAGACAAGGGCAAACCCUUCUCCGGCCUUGACCUGGCUUCGCUCAACAUUCAGAGAGGCCGAGACCACGGGCUGCAGCCUUACAACGAAUACCGAGAACUCUGCAACCUCACAAGGGCGCGUGACUUUGAUGACCUCCGGCGUGAGAUCGCUGAACCCGUGAUCGAGAGAUUAAAGCGCACAUAUGCCCACGUCGAUGAUAUUGACCUCUUCCCCGGAGGAUUAUCCGAGACGCCCCUGCACGGAGGUCUCGUGGGACCGACGUUUGGCUGUAUUCUCGGCAUACAGUUCAGAAACCUGAGAAAAUGCGAUCGCUUCUGGUAUGAAAACGCAGAUCCCCUCAUUCGCUUCACCGACCCACAGCUAACUGAACUGCGCAAGGUGACGCUUUCCAAGCUGCUUUGCGACAAUUGCGAUUCCAUUGGAUCAGCUCAGAGAUCGGCCUUUGAUCUGCCCGAUCCUUUCUUGAACCCAAGAGUAAACUGCAAAGACCUCCCUGGAGUGAACCUGGAACUCUGGAAGGAGAGGGUAUCCUGCACCGUUGGGCGCACCAACAUCAACAUAGGUGCCGCUGAGAGGAUCUCGCCUUGUGUUAUGUGCACUUGCACGAAGGAAGGUCCUGUGUGCCAGAGCUUAAAGGUAGACAACUGCUUCCACCUGGCGCAGUCCUACAGCCCGGAAGCCAUCUUGAACGACCACGUGUGCAAGGUGCAGUGCGCAUUCGCCUUCCGCGCAUUCCCGCAAGUGCCAGCACCUGAUUCCAACCAGCUUGGUUUCUCCAACAGAUAAACUUCAUCUGUGAGAAAAGAAAAAACAAAAACCUUUGGAGAGAGAAUGCGCAGCCAUCAAGAAAUAAAAAAAAAGCGUUCCCUCCCCAAUGGAUAAUCUUUGUUUUUCUUUUUUUUAAGUCGUCUCGACUGAUGUGUUCUAACAGUGAGACGAUGCUUUCAAAAUAGGAAAUAUGUAUUCGCAUGGAAUGAGAGAGAAAGGUUAAAAGAUUUUUUGUUAAAGCAGCAUCGUAACUGAUGGAGAAACAUAUAUACAAAACAAGAAAUCCAAACGUACACAGACAGGUUAUUUGCAAGAGACAAGACUCGCGAUUAUGAUUUGUUAGGGAGUACCAUACUAUUAGGUGCCAUAAACUUCCACUUUGGACAUCCAGUCCAACCGAAAAAACAACGACUGACAACACUGUAUUAUAUAUAUAUAUAUAUAUAUAUAUAUAUAUAUA